AUGCCGUACGAGCCAAAGAAUGUAUUAAUCACCGGCGGGGCUGGCUUUAUCGCCUCCCACGUGGCCAUCCUCUUCGCGAAGAAGUACCCGCACUGCAAGGUCAUCGUUCUCGAUAAGCUCGAUUAUUGCGCCAACGUGAAACACUUGAGCGAACUUUCGCACUUGUUAAAUUUUAAGUUUAUCAUGGGCGAUAUUCAAUCGGCAGAUUUAGUUUCGUACAUCCUACGAAACGAAAAUAUCGAUACCAUCAUGCACUUCGCGGCGCAAACGCACGUGGAUAACUCGUUCGGGAACUCCUUUGCGUUCACGGAAAACAACAUUUUGGGCACGCACGUUUUAUUAGAGUCGUGCAAAACGCUCGGUACCAUCAAGAGGUUCUUACACGUCUCCACGGACGAAGUGUACGGGGAAAGCUCGUACGAGUUGAACGCCUCGAACACCGAGCACGCGAGUUUACUAGAACCGACGAAUCCGUAUUCAGCGACGAAGGCGGGCGCAGAAAUGCUUGUCAUGGCGUACGGACGCUCUUACGACUUGCCGUAUCUCAUCACGAGAGGAAACAACGUGUACGGGCCACACCAGUUUCCGGAAAAAGCGAUUCCGAAAUUUAUCAUGUUAGCAAAAAGAGGUUUACAAAUUCCUUUGCACGGGGACGGGAUGGCGACGAGGUCUUACAUGCACGUCGCGGAUGCCGCGAGCGCGUUUGAUAGCAUCUUGCACCACGGCGAAGAUCGAGGUGUGUAUAACAUUGGCGCGCAAGAAGAACGAACGGUGCGCUCCGUCGCCGAAGAUAUUUGCAGUGAAUUGAAGUUGAACGCGGACGAUAUCGUCACGUACGUGAAAGACCGCCAAUUUAACGACCGCAGAUACUUUAUCGAUUGCUCGAAGCUCCUCGCUUUGGGAUGGAAGCAAGAAAAAUCGUGGGAGGACGGUUUGAGAGAAACCAUCGCUUGGUACGAGAAGAAUGGCGAAAACGAUUAUUGGGGCAAUCUUUCGGCCGCGUUAGUCGCGCACCCUACGGGUGGGCACGUCACGGCGUCGCCGAAUGUUUUCGAGGAAAUCGCGGGAAGUACGGCCGAGGGAAAAGCCGACGACGCGGCGGAAGCUAACAGACCGGUGUUUUUAAUCUACGGUCGAACCGGAUGGAUCGGCGGUAUGCUCGGUCGCCUCUUGGAAGAGCAAGGACAUAAGUACUACUACGGCGCGGCGAGAUUAUACGAUAGAAAAGCCGUGGAAGAUGACAUUGCGCGAUGCAAACCUACCCAUAUUCUGAACGCUGCCGGUAUCACUGGUAGACCGAACGUCGAUUGGUGCGAAUCGCACAAGAAAGAAACGGUUCAAACGAACGUUACCGGUAUUUUGACCUUGGUCGAUCUCGCGGAUGAGAACGGCAUCCACGUCACCAACUUCGCCACCGGUUGCAUUUAUUCCUACGACGAAAAACAUCCAAUUGGAGGUCCGGGAUUUACCGAGGAUGAUGCGCCAAACUUUGGCGGUUCCUUCUAUUCGCACACGAAAGGGAUGGUGGAAGACUUGCUCAAAAACUACGACAACCUCUUACAGUUGCGGUUGAGAAUGCCCAUCGAUCACCGAUUGGAUAAUCCGAGAAACUUCAUCUUUAAAAUUGCAAACUACGACUGCGUCGUCGACGUGCCGAACUCGAUGACGGUUUUGGAUGAACUCGUUCCGUACGCCAUCGAUGGCGCGUUGCGAAAGCUUACCGGGAUUUACAACUUUACCAACCCAGGAGCAAUCUCGCACAACGAAGUUUUGCAACUGUAUAAAGAUUACUGUUCGCCGAAUUACACGUGGAAAAACUUUUCAUUAGAAGAGCAAGAUAAAAUCUUAGCCGCUCCGAGAAGUAACAACGAGUUGUGCGAUAAGAAGAUUAAAUCCGCGUGGCCGCAAAUUCUUAACAUCAAAGACAGUUUGAUUAAAUAUGUCUUUGAGCCGAACAAACAGAGUGGCGGUAAAGUGAGAGGCGGCGUUAAAGGAGAAUGUUAA